AAAAAUUGGAAAAAAUAGGUUAAAUAGUAGGAUUUAAGGAAGAAAAGCAGUGCAUUUCUUUUAAAAAGGUUUUAAAGAUGUUACAUGUAGAAAGUCCGGCUUUAAACGGACUUACGGUUGAAGAAAACGAGAAAAAUCGACAGAAAACAAAGUCUCGGAUUAGAAGGGAUAAAAAGCGUCGUAAAAAGAUAAGAGAAGAGAGUAUAAUAGAAUCUACAAUAGAACAUGAUAAGAAUACUAUAGUUGAUAAAUCGCUGGGACUUAAGAAUGAAAGACUGGAAGGGAAUGAAAAUGGAGAAAACUAUGUGAAUAAUGAUUCUUUAAGUGUUUUUUUUGAAUUGGAUGAGAAUGAUCCUACAUUUAUGUCGUUUAAAGAAAUUUUUGAUAAAUUUAGUGUAUCUGUUAAAGAGAGCAAUGAUGCUGAAAUUGAGAAUAAAGGGGAAAUUUUUUAUUCAGAUGAUAAUAUUGAAGAAGAAGAAGAAGAAGAAGAUAUGCCAAAAAAGCUUAGUAGAAAGAAGGCUCGAAGACAAAAUAGAUUGAGCGUUGCAGAGUUAAAGCAGUUAGUUAAAAAUCCGGAAGUAGUGGAAUGGUUUGAUGUAUCUGCUCAAGAUCCUAAGCUUCUUGCACAUCUUAAAGCGUACAGAAACACUAUUCCUGUUCCUUCUCACUGGAUGCAGAAGAGGGAUUAUUUAGCAUCGAAAAGAGGUAUUGAAAAACCUCCAUUUGAGCUUCCAGAUUUUAUUCGUGCUACGGGUAUUAUGGAAAUGAGAGAUUCUGUAAGAGAAAAGGAAGAUAACCAGACUCUUAGGCAGAAGAUGCGUGCUAGGGUUCAACCAAAAAUGGGAAAACUUGAUAUUGAUUAUCAAAAAUUAUAUAAUGCAUUUUUUCGAUUUCAAACUAAACCACCUAUGACGGAAUAUGGAGAAGUUUAUUAUGAAGGAAAAGAAUUUGAGACAAACCUUAAAGAAAGGAGGCCUGGUGAUCUUUCUGAAGAGCUUAAAGAAGCUCUAAACAUUCCUCCUGGUGCACCACCUCCAUGGUUGAUUAAUAUGCAACGUUUUGGCCCUCCGCCAAGUUAUCCUGCAUUAAAAAUACCAGGUCUUAAUGCUCCUAUUCCCUCUGGUGCACAAUUUGGAUUUCAUCCUGGUGGUUGGGGAAAACCUCCAGUUGACGAAUUUAAUAGACCAUUAUAUGGCGAUGUGUUUGGUAUUGUCCAACCACAGGCACCUCCAGAUUCUGGCGAACCUGUUGAAAGACAAUUAUGGGGGCAACUUGAGGAUAUAGAAGAGGAGUCAGAACAAGAGGAAGAUGAAGAAGAUGAUGACGAGAAGGACAUUAGCAUGAAUAACCAGGAAAUGUUUGAUGGUAUUGAAACUCCAUUAGGUGUAGAAACACCAUCUGGAAUGGUAUCAUCUGUUCCUAGUGGUAUUGAAACUCCAGAAUAUAUUGAAUUAAGGAAACAAAGAAUUUCUGAGGUUGAACAUGAUUCCGGAAGAUCAUUUUAUCAGCCUCUUGCAGAACAACAGUCACGAAUAAAAGGAUUUAUGGGAAGUGAACAUAUUUAUGAUUUAUCUAGUAUAAAUAAACUUCCUGUUCUGGAUGCACCAGAACCGCGAAAGAAAAAGAAAAAUGGGGUUGAUGUAUCUCUUGAUCCUUCUCUAUUAGAAAAUGAAAAUAAUCGCUCUUUGGCAGAGAAACAACUUAGAGAAAAAUACGAAGAAGCCCAAAGGAUGCAACGUAUAGAUCCUAAAGGCUGGGAUGAAGACUUAUCGGAAAUGGUUGCAGAACAAGCUGCUAAACAGAGUGCAAAGCGGCAAAAAAAAGUGAACGAGCAGAAAAAAGAAAAAUUUAAUUUUUAA